ACUUGUGUACUGAAACGCAACAGCCCAGCAAACAGAAGAUUUCUCCCUCCGGUCUGUUGCCACAUUUCUUCGUCUACUAAACUGAGAUGCCUGUAGAGAGACGGUCGAUAAGAGACAGAUCUGCCUUGGGUCGGUUUCCAACUGUCACGCUUGGAUUUGGCGAGGACUCGGUGGAAGAAAAUGAGGAGGAAGGAAAGGAGAAUGACGUGAAAGAAGAGAACGGGUGUCGGCGGUGGCUGCGCAAGGCGUGCCCGUGCUGUUUCACCCCACCCAACGACGAUGACAUCACAGACACCGUCGUCACAGGGGUGGACGAUCCAGAUAAGGAUGACGGGACGGAGGGUGAAAAGCCAGCAACUGGUGAAAGUGAACUUGAUGCUCUGCUUUUGAAAGUCAAAUCAAUAGACCUGAUGAAAAGCAAGUCUGGGGUGAACCGGAGGGAACACCACACAGAUCUCUACCAGAGUGACAGCCUCAUCAUCCGCAGAGGGCAGAAUUUCCAGAUGUGGAUAACCCUGUCUCGACCUUUGGACCCCAGCACAGAUGAGCUUCAUCUCGACCUAAAAACGGGCCUGCUGCCAGCAGUGUCAAAGGGAACCCAUGUGAUCAUCCCUCUGGUGGAGAAUUUGGAGGACGGUCGCUGGGAGGCUGCAGUCACGGAACAAGACGGCAAAAGGAUGAAGUUGUCCGUGAACUCGCCACCAACAGCCGUCAUUGGCAGAUAUCAGCUGACGGUGGAAACAAGUUGUGCAAAUGGCCAAGCAAUUUCCACCCACGACCCCAACAACGACAUCUACAUGUUGUUCAACCCAUGGUGUGAAGAUGACUCAGUGUUCCUGGAUUCUGAAGACGAGAGGAGGGAGUAUAUCCUUAAUGACGUUGGACGGAUCUACUAUGGCACAGAACACCAAAUUGGAGUUAGGACAUGGAACUAUGGCCAGUUUGAUAAGGACAUUCUCGCUGCUUGCAUCUUUAUCCUUCAAAAAAGCGGAACUCCGAACUCUGGUUUGGGAGACCCAGUUAAUCUGGUUCGAAUCAUCUCGGCCAUGAUCAACUCUCCUGAUGACCUCGGUGUCCUGGAAGGAAACUGGUCGGGGAACUAUUCACUGGGAACUUCUCCAACUGUUUGGAGUGGAAGUGUGGAAAUCCUGCAAGAGUACUACAAGAAGAACGGCACUCCUGUUAAGUACGGCCAGUGUUGGGUUUUUGCAGGAGUUGUCACAACAGUUUUGCGGUGUCUGGGUAUUCCCACUCGAACUGUGACCAACUUCAGCUCAGCUCACGACACAGACAUCUCCUUGACGACAGAUGUGUACUUUGAUGAGAACCUGGAGCCCAUAGAGUACCUCAAUGCGGACUCUAUCUGGAACUUCCACGUGUGGAACGACAGCUGGAUGGCUCGUCCCGACUUGCCUCCUGGUAAUGGAGGUUGGCAGGCUGUUGAUGCCACACCGCAGGAGACCAGCCAGGGCACCUACCGCUGCGGCCCUGCUCCUGUCUCUGCCGUGCGCAACGGUCAGGUCUACCUCAAAUAUGACUGCCCCUUUGUGUUUGCUGAGGUUAACAGUGAUAAAAUAUACUGGCAGAAGAAAGUAGAUGGUACCUUCAGUCAAAUCUACAGUGAAAAGAAGAUCGUGGGCCACUCCAUCAGCACCAAGGCAGUUGGCUCAGAGGAGCGCAGCGACAUCACACACCUCUAUAAACAUCCUGAAGGUUCAGAACAGGAACGCAUCGCUGUGGAAACAGCCUGUAGCUACGGCUCCAAAGCAGAGGCCUAUUCGUCCCCCACGGCUGAGGAUGUGUCCAUGGAGGUGAUCAUGGAUGGGGAAGGCCCCAAAAUGGGACGAGAUGCGGAGCUGACCAUCAAGCUGAAAAACGGCAGCAACAAGCAGCGUAAUGUCAGCCUGCAUAGCCAGCUGGCAGUCAUGUACUACACCGGAGUUCACAAAGCCACAGUAAAAAAAGACGAGACGGAUGUGGAAAUCCUGCCCAAUGAGGAGAGGUUGCUGGAGUGGACCCUGGAGUAUAAUGUGUACAAGAGCCAGCUGAUAGAUCAGGCCGCCCUGAUGCUUACGCUGUCAGGGAGGGUCAAAGAAACACAGCAGGUUCUGGCCACUCAGUUCAGUUUCAGACUCAGGACACCAGACCUCAUCGUAAAGCCGAUUGGAAAAGCCACGGUGGGAGAGAGGACGGAGGUGCAGAUUUCCUUUACUAAUCCACUACCGCAGGUGCUGAAAGCAGUGAUAUUCCACUUAGAAGGACUAGGCCUUCUACCUGCUCGGAAAAUUGAUUACGGAGAUAUCGGUAGUCAUGCCUCCGUCACUCUCAAAGAGUACUUCGUCCCCACCCUCGCAGGACAGAGGAAAUUGCUGGCUUCAUUGGACUGCAAGCAGCUCACACAGGUUCAUGGCGUGAGCAGCGUUACCGUGGAGGACAAAGACAGCUCUGCCUCAUCGUGACGCGCUAACAGAAGCAAUUUGAUACUGAAUGCUUUGGCAUGUCCUGAAUAUAAAGAAGGCUGAUUCUUCUUUUUUUUAAAUCAUGAAGAUACAAGAUAUCUAAGAUACCAACAUACCAUCCACAUUUAUUUUACAAGUGAACAGACCAGAGAGAGAAAGAA